AUGGCUAGGCUCUGUGCUUUCCUGAUGGUCAUGGCAGUGAUGAGCCACUGGUCAACCUGCUGUCUAGGAUGUGACCUGCCUCAGACUUAUAACCUCAGGAACAAGAGAGCCUUGACACUCCUGGCACUAAUGAGGAAACUCUCUCCUCUCUCCUGCCUGAAGGACAGAAAAGACUUUGGAUUCCCCCAGGAGAUAGUGGAUGCCCAGCACAUGCAGACAGCUCAAGCCAUCCCUGUCCUGGAAGAUCUCACUCAGCAGAUCUUGAAUCUCUUCACAUCAAAGGACUCAGCUGCUGCUUGGAAUGCAACCCUCCUAGACUCAUUCUGCAAUGACCUUCAUCAGCAGCUCAAUGACCUGCAAGCCUGUUUGAUGCAGCAGGUGGGGGUUCAGGAAACUCCUCUGACACAAGAAGACUCCCUGUUGGUUGUGAAGAAAUACUUCCACAGGAUCACUGUGUAUCUGAGAGAGAAGAAACACAGCCCUUGUGCCUGGGAGGUGGUCAGAGUAGAGGUCUGGAGAGCCCUGUCUUCCUCAGCCAAGUUGCUGGCAAGACUCAGUGAGGAGAAGGAGUGA